CGCUCGGCGUUCUCUGCAGUCAGACCUCGCGUUCACUCAGUCCAGGACAGCAGCCACGAGCCCUCGUCCUUCCGCUCCGCCUCCGGUUUUAUUCCUGCCGAUUAAAACGCACCGCAGACGGACGGACGGCUUCUUACGGCGGAAUUCUUCGGUUUCGAAAGACUAGCUUCGACGUCGCUGAUCGACGACGUUGGACGUCGACGUCAACGACCACGACGACCGCGACGACGACGACUUCUUGAGUACGCAGGGCUUAGAGGGCUAAGACAGCAGCGCGGAAGAGCAAAGAAGAAGUAGAAGAAGAAGAAGAAGAAGAAGAGAGGAAAGGAAAAGGAAAAGAAUCUAAGGAAGCGGAUAAAAGUUAUUCAAGAUGGCGGCGUUCGUGGCCAAGCAGAUGGUCGGCAACAAGCUCAACGCUGUCAAAGGCGCGGUUGGCAGUGAUGGAGGCGACGAAGAUGACAAGGAGAAGGAAGAGGAAGCAGAGAGGGAACGACAGGAGGCCAUCAGGGAAGCCGAGGAACGACGGAAGGAGAAACACCGCAAAAUGGAAGAGGAGCGCGAAAAAAUGCGGCAAGAAAUCAGAGACAAGUAUAACAUAAAGAAGCGGGAAGAAGUUCAGGAAAUGAUGCCGCAGGAAGAACCAAAUCCUCUGAUGCGUAAGAAAAAAACACCCGAGGAACUCGCGGCCGAGGCCGAAGCCGAGGAUGAGGACGAGUUCACCAAACUGAAGAACACGAUAGAGACACAAGUUAACGAGCUCAAGACCCAAUUUGAAAGCAAAUGCAGUCUUCAAUGAGUGUACUCCCUCUUCAGCGACCGCCAUGAGUGACGAGACCAGGCCGACUAUAUUAAAUGAGCAGUCGCCUGGAUGAAACGUUGCUGAAAGAAAGAAAGAAAGAAAGAAAGAAAGAAGAAAGAAAACAGAAUAAAUUCACCACCACCACCACCACCACCAACAUCAUCAUCAUCAUCAUCAUCAUUAUCGUCAUCACCGUCGCAAACCUGAUAAUCGUACAUCUGAUUAUCAAUUAUUUAAUUUUCCCGUUACGGACAGAAAGAGAAACGAUCGUAAAAAAAAAAAAAAGAGAAAUAACGACAAGAACAUGAAUUGAAUUUUUCACAUAUAGUUGAAAAGAAAUUCAAUCAAUUGUCAUUGAUUAACUGUUCUUUGGUAACGUUUUGAAAAUUAACCGCAAAAGACACACACACACACACACACACACACACGCACGCACGCACGCACGCACUCACACGAUAAUUUUUGUUCCAACUUUUUCUUUUUAUUCAUCUUUCGCGAUUUUUUUUUUUCUUUUUUUUCUUUUUAUUCUUUGUAAAACGGUGAAACGGUGAGAGAUGAUAUAAAUAAUCGGGGCGAUCGCUGACUGCACGUGUGUAUGAUAAAUACAUUAUGUAUUUGCACGAUCUUAGCGUGUGUAUGAUAUAUGUAUGUAAUAUCGUAACAGGGAUGUGCGAGAAAGAAGGAUUUCCACCCUGAUUAAUGAAAAACGUUAAGGAAGAAAAUAGAGAAAUACAAUAAAUGAAUUUCGACGAUAUCUAUACGCGUACACACACACACACGCGCCCGCAUAUAUAUAUACAUGCAUAUAUACGUACAUACGCAUGCGUAAUGGGUGAAAAAUAGUAACAAUAAUGAUGAUAAUGAAUCGGUGAUAAUUAUUAUUGUUAUUAUCGUUAUUGUUGUUAUUUUUUCAUCGGGCGUACAAACAUACAGGAAUAAUAAUCUACAAAUGUAUAGAGUUGUAUGUACGGUCGUAUACGUUGUAUGCAAAGUGAAUGCAUCAUGCCUAUGUAUAUCAAAUCACCGCAUAGAUUAUAUUACAACAUGACGCGUUCACCAACAUUCGAUAAAUGAUAAAUAGAUGAUCGGGGAUCUUAGGCGAUUGGGCGUGCGAUGAAGAGGAAUAUUAUAUACAUUAUACACAAAUGUAUGUGUAUAUAUACAUGUAACGACCUUGAUUAUUGAACUGUAAUUAUAUAUAAUUAAAGCCGCGUAAACGGAAGACGGAAGUGUGUUAUAAUAAUAAUAAUAAUAAUAAUAAUAAUAAUAAUAAUAUACGUAUUAUAAGUAUUUCGGAGCUGUUGCGAAGAUGAGGGAUGGAAAAAAAAAAAAUAAAAAAUGAAACAAAGAAAGAAACAAAUUAAAAGAACAGAUGCGGCAAAAAACUAUGAAAUAAUAUUAAAACCAAAGACUGUAUAAACAAUGACAAAAAAAAAAAAAGAAAAGAUAAUGUAAGGGAAAAAAAAACACACACACACGCAUUUCUGUAUAGGCUCGGUCGAUGUAUAUUGCAUUGUAAUAUAAAUUUUGUUGUUGUUGUU